CCCUGCCCGUCUCUGACACGGGGCCUCUGGUUUCGAAUCGGGUACGAUUCUCGUUUGGGUUCGUAGUCGGAGCCUUUUCCCAGUUAUAUCAUGUGCGCUUCCGUAGUAUUCGAUCUCAUUACCGAUUUCCGCUUUCUCGAACAAACCCCAAUCGAUUGUGGCGAGUUGCGACAUGGCGACGAUCGCGUUCCGACUCCUCUCUCGCCGGACUCUCACCAGCGCCAUAGGCAAGGCCGCCGAGCACCUUCCUCAGGGUCGUUGGUCGUGGCGGUCCUAUCUGAUUGGCUUCGACGACACGGCGAUGGCCGAGGCCAAAAGGCGAUUAGGCCACGCGUCGUACAUGAAGCUGCUGGAGAAAGAGCAGGCAGCUGUCGACCGGACCCUCGGCCGCUUGGUUUUUGGGUCGGCCGUGGUUUCCUUCGGAUUGCUUCUUGCCAAGAUUUAUCCUCCUCCCCCGGCAAGCGGACGUACUACCACCCCUACUUCAGACGGGGUGUAGGGAAGAGAUCCCGGUUUCAUUUGGAUAUAUGAACGAGUAACAUGCUUUUCGGAUGCAAAUAAGAUGGGUGUAAUUCCUUUUUGAUGUAGCUCACCAUUCAUGCCGAAUGAUAAGAUGGGUGUAAUUCCUUUUUGAUGUACCUCAUCAUUCAGCCAAAUGAUAAGAUGGGUGUAAUUCUGAUAAUGUAUUCAACUGUCCAUAUAUACUACUAUC